AUGGAAAGAAAGUGGAAGAAAUUGUCUGUCAUUGGGAGAAGGAGAAUUACUUCAUCACUUGUUGAUAAUGGGCAUUUUGUUAUUUACACAAUUGAUCAAAAGCGAUUUGUGAUACCCUUGGCUUAUCUAAGAAACAACAUUUUCAUGGAGCUCUUGAAGAUGUCUGAAGAGGAGUUUGGAUUGCCAAGCGAUGGGCCGAUAAUAUUUCCUUGUGAUUCAGUUGCCAUGAAUUACAUUGUCUCAUUACUACGAAGGAGUUUAUCUAAGGUAAGCACGAUUACUACAAGGAAGCUUAUUGUAGUGGCUGGAAAAUGGCAGAAGAUAGCAACCGUUGGAAGGAAAAGAAUUACCUCAGCAAGGACUAAUAGAAAGGUGGCUUCUGGUGCUGUAAAUCAUUAUGAAAAAUCAUCAGUGGUUGUUAAAGGAUGCUUUGUUAUCUCCACAACGGAUAAGAGGCACUUCGUGAUUCCCUUGGCGUUUCUUAGCAACUGCAUUUUCCGUGAACUCUUCAAAAUGUCUGAAGAGGAGUUCGUACUGCCAAGUGAUGGACCUAUAACAUUGCCAUGUGAUUCAGUUUUCAUGAACUACAUUAUCUCCAUUGUGAAACGAGGAUUAUCCAAGGAUUUGGAGAGAGCAGUGGUCAAUUCCAUUUCUACAUAUUGUUUCUCGUCAGAUACUUAUUUCAAUCAAGGACAUGAAGAUACACAGUCACUUGUUUUUGGAUUCUGA